GAUGGAGCAGGGCGGCGCUCUAGGCAGAGCGGGAGGUCUGGGCUUCGGGCGCUCGCUGGUGGCGGACCCGGAGGCUGCUGCUGCGUGCCGGGGCUCCUUGGCCCGGAUCGAAUUCGAUCCGGAGCCAUGAGUAUGGACAAGGCCGAGCUAUGCGGGUCUCUGCUCACCUGGUUGCAGACGUUUCAAGUUUCGCCCCCCUGUGCCAGUCCCCAGGACCUGAGCAGCGGACUCGCCAUAGCCCAUGUGCUGAAUCAGAUAGACCCUUCCUGGUUCAACGACGCAUGGCUCCAGGGCAUCUCAGAGGACCCAAGUCCCAGCUGGAGGUUGAAGGUCAGGAAGCUGGAGAGGAUCCUACAGAGCUUGGUGGAAUACUCAAAGGAUGUUCUGGGGCACCCUGUGUCAGAUCAGCAUCUUCCAGAUGUGAACCUCAUCGGCGAGUUCUCAAACCCCGCAGAACUCGGCAAACUGCUUCAGUUGGUACUGGCCUGUGCUAUCAGUUGUGAGAAAAAGCAGGAGUAUAUCCAAAGAAUUAUGACGCUGGAGGAAUCUGUUCAACAUGUUGUGAUGGAAGCCAUCCAGGAGCUCAUGACCAAAGACACACCUGAUUCCCUGUCACCAGAGAAUUACGGGAACUUUGAUACACAGUCCCGCAGGUACUAUUUCCUGAGUGAGGAGGUGGAAGAGGGUGGCGAUCUUCAGCAACACUACCUGGAUCUGGAGCGGCAGCUUGUGCUCCUUUCAGAGGAGAAGCAGAGUCUGGCACAAGAGAAUGCUGCCCUACGGGAGAGGGUGGGCCGGUCGGAAGUGGAGAGUGCCUCAGGCCUCACCGCCAAGAAGCUGUUGCUUCUGCAGUCACAGCUAGAACAGCUCCAGGAGGAGAAUUUCAGGCUGGAGAGCAGCCGGGAAGAUGAGCGGCUACGCUGCGUGGAACUGGAGCGUGAGGUCGCUGAGCUGCAGCAACGGAACCAAGCCCUGGCCAGCCUAUCCCAGGAGGCGCAAGCGCUGAAGGAUGAGAUGGAUGAGCUCAGACAGUCCUCCGAACGUGCAAGGCAGCUGGAGGCCACUCUGAACAGCUGCCGUCGUCGCCUGGGUGAGCUCCAGGAGCUCCGGCGGCAGGUGCGGCAGCUGGAGGAGCGAAAUGCAGGCCACGCGGAGCGCACGCGGCAGCUGGAGGAUGAGCUGCGCCGGGCUGGAUCCCUGCGUGCCCAGCUCGAGGCUCAGCGCAGGCAGAUGCAAGAGUUGCAGGGCCAGUGGCAGGAGGAGGCCAUGAAGGCUGAGAAGUGGCUGUUCGAAUGCCAAAACCUAGAGGAAAAGUGUGACCUGUUGACAAAAGAGAAGGAGCGGCUGUUGACUGAGAGGGACUCGCUGAGGGAGACCAAUGAGGAGCUCCGCUGUGCCCAGUUGCAGCCCAGGGGAUUGAAUCAGGCUGGCCUCUCCCUGGAUCCUACCCCUUCUGGCCUGGAGAACUUAGCAGCAGAGAUCCUGCCUGCAGAGCUCAGAGAGACACUCGUGCGGCUUCAGCUGGAGAACAAGAGACUGUGCCAGCAAGAGGCGGCGGACCGGGAGCGACAGGAGGAACUGCAGCGCCACCUGGAGGAGGCCAACCGUGCACGCCACGGGCUGGAAGCGCAGCAACGGCUGAACCAGCAGCAGCUUUCUGAGCUGAGGGCCCAGGUGGAAGAGCUACAGAAGGCCUUGCAGGAACAGGGGGGCAAGACAGACGACGCCGCUCCCACCCUGCUGAAGCGGAAGCUGGAGGAUCAUCUGCAGAAGCUGCAUGAGGCUGAUCUGGAGCUUCAGAGGAAACGGGAAUACAUUGAGGAGUUGGAGCCUCCCACGGACAGCAACACAGCUAGGCGGAUCGAGGAGCUGCAGGACAGUCUGCAGAAGAAGGAUGCAGACCUGCGGGCCAUGGAGGAACGAUACCGCCGCUACGUGGACAAGGCACGCACGGUCAUUCAGACCCUGGAACCCAAGCAGAGGCCACCCACUGGGGUGUCCCCAGAAUUCCAUACCCUGAGGUCACAGCUCUGGGAGCGGAACAUGCGAAUACGGCAGCUGGAGAUGGACUAUGAGAAGAGUCGGAGUCGGCAGGAGCAGGAGGAAAAGCUGCUCAUCAGUGCCUGGUACAGCAUGGGCAUGGCCUUGGAGCAUCGAGCUGGGGAAGAGCAUGCCCCUGCCCAUGCGCAGUCCUUCCUGGCACAGCAAAGACUGGCCACCAAUGCUCGCCGAGGACCCCUGGGGCGCCAGGCGUCUCUGAGCCUUCGCCCCACUGACAAGCACUGAUAGACCUCGACUUCCUGCUGCCUGCUGAAGUCUUCCAGUUUACAUUUACCCAGCCUGGGGCUUUGACCUCGAUGGAGACUGACUUCUGCCCUCUCCUUCCUUAGAUGGGAGAGAAGGGGAAGGCAGGUGGCAGGUGUAGGACUAUUCCUUUUAGCAAUGUGAUUCUUCUUGAUUCUUCUCCUGGGCCUCACGUACUACCUGGGAAGAGCCUGAUUUUAUAUUUGAAAAAAAAAAAAAUAAAGACUUUAAAUCUGUCUUGAAUGUACUCUAGACACAAUGGUGAGGAAUAAAAAUUGCACUAGGGACACAGACGAUUACUUUUAAAAUAAAUGUAUGAGCAUUUUUGCCCAUCUG